AUGCUCGGGCCCUACACUGGGGAUUACACUGGUGGGUUCUGGAAUUCCCAGGCGUAUUUUGCGAGCGAUCCCGAGCUACAACACGCCAAGCAAAGCUAUGCAGACAGGCUUUUUGCACAACGCGACUUUGUGGGCCUGGCGGAAACCCACAGCACGCAUGGGAAAGUAUUGGCAUCCAGAGCCCUAGCGGGAGGCUGUUCUUUCUGGGCACAUGGCUCCAACUCUCAGGCCGGCAUCGGCUUGUUGUUGAAACCUGAGUUUGUGGAGCGGUUCAACCCCCCCGACGAGAACAGCUGGGUCGGGAUCGAAGCUGGUCGCGCGGCGAAGCUGUCCCUGCGAGGGCCCGGUGGCGCGCUCGAUGUCUUCGUCGUCUACCUGGCGUCGGGUUCUGCUUCGGAUAUCCGGUCUGCGCGGAGAGCCACUCUGACCCGUCUGGCGCAGCACGUGGAGCCACCAGACCGUGUACUCAGCAUCAUGGUGGGGGAUUUUAACUUCGUCGCGGACCGCCGGGACCGUUGGUCGAAGUCUGACGGCGCGUGGUCUGGGGACGCCGACCAGGCGGAGGCCAGACUCUUCCAGGCUUUGUUCUGCGGCCAGAAGGGCUUCCAAGAGCUCCACCAACCGCUCUUUACUCACGAGUGCGGCCUCGCGCGUUCCCGAUUGGACCGCGCCUACUCGAACCACGCCUUGGCGGACCAAUUGGACAGGCAUUACGGCCGAUACGUGUUGCCAGCGACAAACCUAUCAGCGCACCGGGCUCUAUCUUUCAGUCGUUCCACACCUGACACGAACCGCUGCGGGGGCACAGUCGUCACCACCCGAGCCACGGCCCACCCUGACUACGGAAGACGGGUUGCCUUGGAAUUUCAUUCUCUCCUUGCUUCCGACGAGCAGCCCGCCUCCCACAUGAGGCAAUUGGUCUUGGUCAAACGGGCCAUGCGCACGGUUUCCAAGGGCAUGCGUCGUGCCGAAGACGAGGCGCGCGCAGACGGCACCGACGAUCAAUUGGGUUGGGUGCUCAGCUUCGUCAGGGCCGCAGAGAGCGUGAAUCUUACAGGCAUGCGCCGGUGCGCCAAGGCAUACCCCGCCAUCUGCGGUUAUGUCAACUCCGAAGACCCAGAGGCCAGAACCAAACCCGGCUUCUGGCAGCUCAAGAGCAGAGCGGUGCAGCUGGCGCGCCAGGCCAUCACGGAGGAGAUAGAGGAUCUGCGCUCCAGGAAAGGGGAAGGCUGCGAGGCGACCCCCCACAGCAAGUCCAACAUCCUGACCAAAUUGAAGCGUCUUCUUCCUGGAGGCAGCACGACAGUGGCGGCCAUGCAGACCGAGAGCGGGGACGUCACGGACAGGGCAGACGAGAUGGCUGAAGCUCUCCGCGUGCACUGGGAGCGGGUUUUCAGGGCACCGCUGGUUGACAUGAGGGAGAUGCGACAGUGGCUGGGCUCCCUGCGCUCCGCUGCGCCUGGCGAAGAGGUGCAGGAGACUGAGGUGCACCCUGGCGACCCUCUCCGCAGGCGCCGCCGCCCCCGGCAAGCCGUCCCGAGCGAGGCUUGGAAGUGGCGGGUCCGCCGGUGCGACGUCGAGCAGGCGAUCCGCGCGGCCGGCGACACGUCGCCGGGCCCAGACGGGAUACCUUUCGCAGCGUGGAGAGCUAUCACAGGGCUGGGGGUCUCUAUCCUCCUCGGCGUCGCCAUGCAGCUGGAACGAGAAGACGCGCCGGAAGCGCUCCAGCAGGCGUACGCGGACGAGAGCGAGAGUGGCACGCACGGGUACAAUCUCGGCACACUGGUCUGCUUGCCAAAGGCACCCAGCGGGGAGGAUCCAGAGUUAGGGACGUACUUUCGGGCUGCGGACACCCGUCCACUCUCCAUUGUGAACUGCGACAACAGACUAGUCGCAAACGCGAUGAGACUACGCUGGGAGGAACACCUAAGCGGCUUCGUUCGCGAGAGACAACAAGGGUUUCUCCGGGGCCGCUCUAUCCUGAAAGAUUUACUCGAGGUCGAGACGGCAAUGAUGCUUCGCUCCCUGCAGGACGACAAUGCCGCGGCGGUGUUUCUCGACUUCGCUGCUGCGUUCCCCUCCAUCUCUCAGCAAUACAUUCACGAAUGCUUGGUGCACAUUGGAGUCCCCGCUAAUGCAGUCAAUGCGUUUCAGAGUCUGUACAACGAGUGCCGGUGCAACGUGUCUGUGAAGGGGCAGACGUUUGUCGGCUUCAGCAUGUCUUCAGGCGUUCGGCAGGGGUGCCCCCUCAGCCCACUCAUCUAUGCCGUCGCCGCUGAGCUCCUCCUGGACGCCAUCGAGGAGAGGACGCCAGAGGCUUUCGUGAGGGCCUACGCGGACGACACGGCCUUGGUACUUCAGGAUUUCUGGAAGGCUGCCCCGGGCUUGGCCGACACGUUUGCAGUCUUCGAAAGGAUAUCUGGCCUCAGGCUCAACAUGACGAAGUCCUAUGUGAUCCCCCUCAACGCAGCUACGUUCGACGCCUUCGAGCGCAGGAAAGCGAGCGAGGUCCCUCAGUGGGCCACAAUGCCCGUGUGUUCCAGUUGUAAAUAUCUCGGCUUUCAGAUGGGCCCCGGCAAGGGCGACUCUUCGUGGAACAAGCCGUGGCAGAAAUACUUGGGGCGGGUAGAUAUGUGGCAAGACCAACCUUUGGGACUUCACUGGAACGCGAGGGUCUACAACACGUUCGCGGUUCCAAUAUUGGGCUACGUCGCUCAACUCGAGACGCCCCCGGCUUGGCUGGUCAAGUCGGCCGGCCACUCCCUGCGGAAGGCGGCCAGAGGCCCCGGCGGGUGGGCAGCCUCCGAGGACCUGUGGGCGCUGAGGGAGUCCUUCGGGUUAACAGCCUCCUUCACCAACAUCCAGUGGUAUGCCCUGGCGGCCAAGAUCCGGGUGGUGCAGUUCGACAGGGCCUGCGCGCCAAAGGCUUGCUUUCUGGCGGACGUGGAGCGACUGCGGGAAGCCCUGCGCAGCCCUCCGCGCGACCACUCUCGAUUUGCGUGGAACGACUGGUACAGCCGAAGCUUCAUCCUGGCCUUGGCCCAGGCGGAGAGCGAGCUCCAGCAUCACCACGCCACGGUGGAGGGUCUGCGACGAUCACGCCCGUCUGGCGACCGAGCAAUUGAGCGGGACACGGCGUGGCGGAAGGAUUGCCAACGCACGGUGUAUGCUUAUUUGGCGGCCCGCAUGGCGCCAGACCCCACAAUGCGACUGCGGGCGAAACUCCAGAGAUGGGAGUUGGAGGACGGACGCCGCCACGCAGUCAUCUUCGGCAGCGUGCAGGAACGCACGCCUGCCUGGCAGGGCCGCCGCGCAUCCCACCUGCUGCAGGUCUUGGGUAGCCUCUCGCCGCCGCGGGUCCAGGCAGCAGUCUUCUCGACGCUCUUCAAUCGAUGGACCACAGCUCGGCGAUUCCAGGGCCGCGCGCGGUGCCUCUUUGGCUGUGGUGACGGCUCCGAGGACAGCAUCGAGCAUUACUGCCGCUGCAGAGCCGUACGGACAGUGUUUCAGCGCAAGUUGCGCCUCGACCCAGGCGUUUUCUGCAACCUCCACACAUUCCUGCUGGUCAACCCGCGCAUCCGCUCGAAGGAGGUGCUGUCCCUGCUCGGCCUUGCCAUCUACGCGGUGUACACGUGCACCAACACGAUGACACACCGAGGGCGGUGCGACUUCGAGGUCGCGGUCGACGCAAUCACCCAGGCACAUCACGCGCAACACAACGACUACCACGAGCAGCACAUCGAGCACAAGGAGCUGCACGGCGGACACCACUGGCAACACGACGGAUAUCACGUGCAGCGCGCUCACUUCGACAUCUCCGAGUCGAUCCCUGGAGCCUCGUGA